ACGGUCGUGAUCAAUAUACCUCUCCGCAUACCAGGUUUCAUUCUCCACGCCCACUAGUGUGGUUCAGCAGUCUAACGAUUAAUUAGUUGUGGUGGUGUGGUGUAAUUUGUGUGCUCGAAUUUAUUAUAUCUUACUCGACUUGAAGCAAUGUCGGCCGACAGCAGCCCCCUAAUCUCUACUGUGCCCGAGAAUGAGCUUUUCAUUCAAGUUUCUCGAAAAGCUGACAACUACACAACUGGCGUAAGAACGACUGUGAGAUUGAAAAAUUUGACUAACGCUAAGGUAUACUACCAACUGGAGUCCACUGCUUCCAAAUUGUAUUAUUUCAAGCCUCGCUACGGUUCCAUCGAUCCAGAGCAAGAAUCGUAUGUUUAUGUAUUCUUAUUGCCUUUUGAUCUUGAGUAUCCGGCAAAUCGCAACCAUGAGCUAAUCGUUCAAAGCAUGCUAGCGGGGAAUGAGAAAGAAGAAGAUUUACCUCAGCUGUUUGAACACACAAAUCCAGCACAAAUUCGGACACGCAGAGUAAAGUGCAUCCCUUACGAAUAUGAGAUUUUGGCUAUUGAACCGAACCACGAACUCCUGUUUGAAGGUUCAUUCGAUUUACCAUUUUCUUCCAACAUCUCUUUGUACAAUGGUUCUGAUUCUCAUUUGUAUUUCGAUGUACAAACCUCAUCAACCGAUUUGUCGGUCUUUCCAUCCGAAGGAGCAGUAAACAAAUUUGACAGCAAGGAUUUGAUCGUAAUUCGGAAGCCACUGAGUUCAAGUCAUACCAAUGACAACACCGACACAAUCACAAUAAGGGAAUCCACGUCCAGUGAUAUGUUUGUGCAAGACUCUGUCCUAACAAAGCUCACCACAAUCAAAUGUGUGUAUACUACUCCGAAAACAACGCCGUCCACCGGUGAUUGCCAACGAUCAAUAAGCGAUUUACGGAAUGUCGAUUGAGACAAGAGCGUUUGAAGCACCACCUCCAACCGGUUUAAAUAUCAAUCGAGGUGUAGUUGCUCGGUAUCUUUCACAUACUCUCUGCGGUUUAUGAUCACAAUCCGCCUAUAUGCAGAUGCUCCUCAAAACCAUGGUUUCUAAAUGUAUCAACUCGAUUUGCCAAGAUCAUUUUAACUGCUAUGAAUAAAAUCUUUAAUCACAUUCGUUUC